AUGUCUGACCUUGCAUACGACGUCAUUAUAUGGCUGGAAGUGGCGUAUCGAAACCCAGCCAAGGUGAGCACGUUUGAUCCUUACGCCAACUCAGGUCUCGACCAGUCACUCAUUCGAGAGAGGCUGUAUGAAAUCGGCGGUGAACAUCCAGUGAACAAGCUUUCCGAGGAAGCGAUCAACCGAGGCUUAAACGAAAGCCCGAACUUUGAUGGAAUCCAUGGUCUGACAUGCCAUGACGACGAGGGCAACAUAUACUUCACCGUUCUCGUGACGGACUGGUGGCCACAGAUACAUCUCGACGCAAAUGGCUCACUGGUGGACGUGAUCAGCGAGCGCUUGGACAGCAAUGGCAUAAGGCUGCAAAAGAACGAUCUCUUCGAAACAUGGCUUUCGCAGGAAGGUGCCAUCGCGCGUGCCCAGGGUCAGUUGCAUGUCGCAGGUUACGUCUGGAGAACGGUGGUGGUUCUGGAGUAUGGUGUCUAUGAGAGGAGGAGAAUGUGA